AUGAGUCCCGCAGCUGAUGAUGACGAUCACUUUGACGAUCUUGGACCUGCAGAGUCCGACACGGAGCAGGCAGAGUCCAAGGCGGGGGAUGAUUCAAGUGAGGAUGACUCUGAGAGUGACGACGAGGAUCACCACAGAAAGGUCUCGGUAAAGGAUCUCCUGGAUGAUAUCCUCAGAAAGAUCAAGAACGGGAAGCUCGACCUCACAAACAAGGAGGACUACAUCAACUUCACAAACGGAGAUGGAGAGCUUCUUGCGGCUGGUACUGGAGACCAGCGUGUGCCAACGGCACUGCACAUAAUGGCCACGAUGGACAAAAAGGAGCUUCCAAAGCUCGACAGCAAGAUGCAGCCACUCAUCGAGUUCCUCGCAAGUCGUCGAGAUUAUCUCAAGAUCCAGGAUCGAUCAGGCCACACGUCCUUAUCUCUAGCCAUCGAAGCAAAGAAGGAAAAAAUGGUCCAGUGGAUGUGCGAUGCUCAUCCAGACAUCAGCUCCAUCCUCUCCAUCCCGAGCAACGACUUGAUGAACUGCCUUCACGUUGGCGUUGACAAGAGGGUCAAGUUCCUCGAUCUCCUUGUAGACAGGGCAGAUCCUCUCACGCUCGCAGCCAAGGACGCCAACGGAAACACGCCGCUUCACAUCGCAGUCGAGUACAAGAAGUGUAGGCGGGAGCAGCUUACAAUCAUUGAGCGUAUCGUCAAUAAGAGCGACCAGGCGAUUCUCGAGGGCCCUCCCCUUGGUGACUUCAACAAGGAGGGCAUGUCGCCUUAUCUUCACCACAAGGAGACAAAGCAAAAAGCUCGGGAAAGGGAGAAGAGGAAGGCUAGAGAAGAGAGCGAGCGUGAAAAGGGCAGCAGUCGCCGUCCAAAUCCUGGCAAUGCGGAUGAGCCGAACAGAGAAACGAGACCGGAUCAGAGAGGCAACAUGUCUUCUUCAGGCUCACGGGUCCAUGGGCCUGAUCCCGGAGUUCCAGACGGGCGACUCAACCAGCAGCUAGACUCCCGUACCAAGUAUGGAGGAAGACCAGUCCCGAACCCGUCCGGGUUAAACUCGCCCAUCAUCACUACAGCACCGAGCCUUCCGUUGCCUGAAGAGAAGAAGAAGUCUUCUCGUUCGACGGAAAGUGAGAAGAAAGAGGGGGCAGACAGUAGCCACAAGUCUUCUUCCAAGGUAGACGAGACGACUGUGAAAGCAGUGGAGCGUUUUUUGAAACUUCAUUACCUGCGUUCUCGGAGCUAUGGCGUGGCCAUGGAGAUUCUAUACGGGCGCAACACAACAUCAGAGCAAGAACUAUACUUUGACCUGUCAGGCGACGUCAACAGCGGAACCAUCACCCAAGCAGGUCUAGAGAACCUUUUGUCCAAGCUCAAGUUUGAGGAUAUUCUCCAAUACGUCGCCAUACCUAAGCUCAGCGUACAAGCAAACCGAGCCGGCGAGCGAUCAGGUAGUCGAAGAUCAGCCAAGCCAGACGGAGCCGGUAGACGAGACCUGUGCUACGUGUUUGAUCGUCUGCGCAAGAAGGGAGUCAAGACCAUCCUCAAGGUCUUUAUCGACGACUCAUCCAUGCCGGCGCAUAGUGAUGAGGCUAUUGAGGAUGCACUCAAGUCUAUGGACGUCGAGGUUUGGGAUUGGAACAAGACUGACUUGUGUACCGAGGUGAUUUACAAGGUUGCCCCGAAAGCACGAGGGGUACACCUCUACUGGAGCGGGAAUAAUGCUGUGCUCAGAGGAUGGAGUGAAGAGGGAGGUCUGAAGAAGCUACGAAGUCUGAAGACGGUACAUCUUCACAUUCAACAGGGCCUUGAAUCUAGCUCUCGCACACAGCAAAACGUCAAAGAAUUUCUCGAACGCAUGAAACGACUCAUGCCCGACGUCGACGUCUUUAAGGACGGACCAGUCGUCCGCCGUGGAAUAGCUGAUGUCAGCACCACCCGAGCUGAAGAUCAAACUGAACAUUCCAACAAGCACGAGUGGAUUCAGUGCAUGAAAGAGUUCCGCAGACUUCUAUUUGACGCUGAGAGGUACUACGAUCGCGGAAAGAUUGAGGAGAGCAUCGAAGAGCCCAUCAAGAUUGCUCUGAUUGAUGAUGGCGUGGAUAUCAAAGACCUCGAGUACUCGUUUAUCGGUGGGCGGACGUUUUGCAAACGUGACCCUGAGCACAACCUGAACGAUCCUUAUUAUGUGUCUAGUACUGGACACGGGACUAUCAUGGCCAAGCAGAUCCAUCUGUUGUGUCCUCGAGCACAGUUUUACGUGUUGAGGCUAGAAGAUCAUCCCUCAGAUGAAUCAGCUCGGCAGAUUACCGCCAAGAGCGCAGCACAGGCUAUUCUUGCGGCGGUGAGAAAAAAGGUGCACAUCAUCUCAAUGUCCUGGACCAUCGAUCCUCCCGAAGACGAAGAAGAAAGAAGAGCUCUUGAAAAUGCCAUCACCAAAGCAGCCAGUGCCGACAUCCUCAUGUUCUGCUCAGCUUCAGACCAAGGAGCCAAGCACGUUGCCACCUACCCUUCCAAGGCGACACCCAAGAUCUUCACCAUCGGCGCGGCCACGGCUUCGGGAACCGUCGACAGCUGGGUUGGCAACAUCAACAACAUCAGCUUUACCUUCCCCGGCACCAAGGUCGAGCUUGAUGGCGGCCCUACCGAUACUGCUGUUAAAGAAGUUACAGGUUCUUCAGUAGCUACAGCGUUGGCAGCUGGUUUAGCUGCUUUGAUUCUCUACUGCGUUCAAGUACGAAUCCUCCUCGCCACAGAUCCUGUAGAGAAGCAAAAGGCCCGCAGAGACUUCCAGUCGCUCCAGAAGCACGAGAGCAUGAUGAGGGCGUUCAAGGAUAUCGGGACGACGGAGGAGAGCAAUCACAAGUUCAUUGCCGUGUGGGAGGUGUUUGGGAAGAGGGUCGAGGAGAAGGAGAGGGUUGACCAGGAGGAUUGGGUCAAUUUGAUUGCCAAGGUUGGAACGACGCUUUGUAUGAAGGUUUAA